AUGCCUAUCCUAGAUGCCUAUCCUAGAACGAGUCGAGUGCUCGCGGUGCCUGAUCAACGCGGGUGGAGCCCGAUUCGGAUCCAUGCGUCAUGCGGUCUUAUCGGGUGCACCUCCAAACUCCAAGCUCGGUUGUUUCUUUCCUUUGAACAUCCCCACGAUCUCACGAUGGCACCAAAUGUUGAGAUUGCCAUUCCGACAACAUCUCUCUCCCCAACGUCUCCUCCGCACACUGUCUACCAUAUCACCCUAAGGCUGCCCCUCCGAUCUUUCACGGUUGCCAAACGCUACUCCGAUUUCUCACGCUUCCACGAGACUCUGGUCAAUCAAACCAAUGCCCAACCACCAGUGCCGCUGCCCCCAAAGUCAUGGUUCGCUAAGACUACUUCGAACGAUCGCUUCCGAGAAGAGCGUCGACAAGGCCUAGAAAAGUACCUACGAGCAAUAAACGAAGCGCCCGACGGCCGCUGGCGCACCUCCUCCGCAUGGCGAGCAUUUCUCAACCUCCCCACCGCUGCUGUGGCUGCCAGCUCCAGCGGCACAUCAAAUACAUCAACGAGGCUACACGCUGCUAUCACUGAUCCCGGCAAUGCCGAUAAUGUCGCCGCAAUCGCCGAUCCAACGCUCUGGCUCGAUUACUACCGCGACAUGAAAUCCCACCUUCACGAUGCGCGCCUCCAACUAUCCCGCCGUGAUCAAGAGCUGACUCCGCAAAAACAGCAUGAAAGCUCCGCUGCUGCUAAAAGCAGUCUCGUCCGCUCGGCGUCCAUGAUCACCACUUUGGAAGAAGGCCUCCGGAAUGUCAGCAGCCGCCGCACCUCGUCUGGUGAAACGUCUCUAUCGAGUCUCGGAGAGGGCGAGCUGCGCCGAAGGAAAGAUCUGCUUAUCAACGCGCGGAAAGAAAAGGACGGGCUUGAGAACUUGUUGCAGGCUAUGACGACCAAGAGCCGACUGGAUCAAACAGUGGCUUCCAUCGAAGACAAAGAUGCUCUCCUCAAGGCGGGAGGAAAUGGGCCCACAGGCGGGAAUGCGCGCCGGGGACCUGGCCGAUCUGGUAGGGUCCUCGGCAAGGAGACGGAGCGCACGCGUGAGCUGGAUAACGCUGGUCUACUGCAGCUACAACAGCAGACUAUGCGGGACCAAGAUGCCAAUGUCGAUGAGUUGAGGAAAAUCAUAAUUCGACAGAGGGAGCUUGGUACUGCGAUCAAUGAGGAGUUGUUGAUACAGAAUGAGCUAUUGAAGCUGGCAGAUGAGGAUACCGACCGGUUGGUUCUACACUCUCUUCUCUUGAAAACGAUCUGA